AUGGAUGUUGUUCCAUUGUGCCAAAGCGACAUAGUGGGGCUUACGGCUAAGGAAUUUGACGACAACGAGAUGGAAGAAGACCUCAUUGUCAACAGCGCUACGCCGGAGUCAGUUGGAACCGUCGUAAAUGUGGACGAUGUCCACGAGGGCCAGCUCUACAAAAUGCAAGCCGACUUCAAAAGAGCUCUCAAAGCAUAUGCAAUGAAAAGAGGUUUCGAGUACACCCCCACCAAAUGCAACGACCUUAAGAUAACCGCGAGAUGUCGUGUCGCAGAUUGCCCGUGGAGAAUAAAGGCACGUCACCUACCACGAUUUACACAAUGGGAGCAAGUCGUGGCAAACGAGAAAUACACGCGCGAAGAUGGUUCAGACCGAGAUUCUGCGGACGCGUCGGAGAAGCCGCUUCUCCACUCCCGCUCCGACCACUCCGCCGCCGCCGCCUCGGUCGGCGCCGCCUUCUUCCGCGACCCCCACGACCUCUGCGAGUGCCACCCGGACGUCGUCCUCCUCGCCACCUCCAUCCUCUCCGCCGAGCGCGUCCUCCGCUCCCUCCCCCUCCAGCGCCUCCGCCGCAGCACCCUCUUCGUCGACGUCCUCUCCGUCAAGGAGUUCCCCAAGAACCUCUUCCUCCAGCUGCUCCCCCCGCACUUCGACAUCCUCUGCACCCACCCCAUGUUCGGCCCCGAGUCCGCCAAGGACGGCUGGGCCGGCCUCCCCUUCGUCUACGACAAGGUCCGCCUCGCCGACGCCGACGACCGCCUCGACCGCUGCGCCAACUUCCUCGACAUCUUCUCCCGCGAGGGCUGCCGCAUGGUCGAGAUGCCCUGCGGCGAGCACGACGAGAUCGCCGCCGAGAGCCAGUUCCUCACCCACACCGUCGGCCGUGUGGUCGCCAAAUUGGACCUCAAGCCCACCCCCAUCAACACUAAGGGGUACGAGAUGCUGCUCAAGCUGGUGGAGAACACCUGCAGCGACAGCUUCGAUCUCUACAACGGGCUCUUCAUGUACAAUAAGAACUCCACCGAGCUGCUCGAGCGGCUGGACGUGGCCUUCGACUCGCUGAAGAAGGAGCUCUUCGGGCGGCUGCACGACAGGCUGAGAAAGCAGUUGUUCGAGAGCUCACAGAGUUUGACGGGGAGUUAAGGCCAUUCGAUUCCUUCCUUUUGAGCGGUAUGAACUACAUUUGAUUCUCUUGUUGUUUUUCAUCUUAAUUAAUUCGAACCCCUGAUCAAUUAAUUAUCUUGAACUUUCAUUCUUUUUGGAAGAAACAGUUUAGUAUUUAUUCUGUAGGUGCUGGUGGCCCAAUAAAGUUGGGUUGGAUGUAGGAGCGGUCGAUAUGUAUUUAAAGAACAGACAAAAAAAAAAAAAUUUUGAACUUUGCUGCAAAUUAUAUCAUUGCAUGUCUGCUGUCUACUGGCAACGGAUUAGAAAGUAUUACUUUGCGAGAAA